AUGACUUCUAGUUGGGAGGAGCUUGCUGCAGACAAACGAACUCGUAUCGCCAGCACGAUACCUUCGGAAUGGUUGAUUCGAGACCUUCCAAGCGAUGACAAUGUCUUCGCAUUUCCGAAAGCAUCAGGGCUUCUUUCUGCGCGAGAAAUCGAGCUGACCGAGUCUUCGGCCACUGAUCUCGUUGCACAAAUGGCUGAAGGAAAGCUCAAGUCCGUGGAUGUCACACUCGCCUUCUGUAAAAGAGCUGCCCUAGCACAGCAGUUGACGAAUUGUGUACACGAGUUCUUCCCCGAGGAGGCUCUCGCACAGGCUCGAGAUCUAGACAAGUAUUACGCGGAGCACAACACGACUGUUGGACCUUUACAUGGUCUUCCAAUCUCUUUGAAAGACCAACUGCGAGUGAAGGGAAAAGAAACAUCCAUGGGCUACGUUUCCUGGCUGGGAAAGUAUGAUGAAAAAGACUCCGUUCUUACAGAACUUCUUCGCAAGGCAGGUGCUGUCUUUUAUGUCAAGACAAGUGUCCCUCAAACCUUGAUGGUCUGUGAGACUGUCAACAACAUCAUCGGAAGGACCACAAAUCCGCGCAACAAGAACUGGUCGUGCGGAGGAAGCUCGGGAGGAGAAGGAGCUAUGAUCGGCCUCCGUGGAGGCAUCAUCGGUGUUGGAACUGAUAUUGGCGGCUCUAUCAGAAUCCCAUCCGCCUUCAACUUUCUAUACGGGAUCCGUCCUAGUCAUGGUCGAAUGCCCUACGCAAACAUGGCGAACAGCAUGGAAGGUCAAGAAACCAUCCACAGUGUCGUCGGACCUAUUGCUCACUCUGCGUCUGACCUGAGAUUAUUCCUCACAUCGGUGCUCCGCGAAGAGCCCUGGAAUUACGACUCCAAAGUCAUCCCAUUGCCUUGGAGGUACAACCUAGAAGAUGCUCUGAAGGCAAAGCUGAAUUCAUCUGGCCUGACCAUCGGUUACUACACAUGCGACGGCAACGUUCUCCCACAUCCUCCUGUCCUACGUGGAAUCGAACGCGUAAUGGACGUCUUGGAAAGAAGUCAGCACAAGGUUCUACCCUGGACUCCAUACAAACAUGAUUUUGCUGUCGAUCUUGCUAACAAGAUCUAUGGAGCAGAUGGCUCCACGGACGUAAUGAAGGACAUCAACGCUUCGGGAGAGCCAGGAAUUCCAAACAUCAAAGAACUCCUCAACCCAGAUAUGCGAAAGGCUGACUUGAACGAUGUGUGGGAUAUCCAUUUACAGAAGUGGGAUUACCAGAUGCAGUAUCUGUCCAGAUGGCGAGAGGUCGAGGCCGAGCAUGGUUGCGAACUUGACUGCAUCGUUGCUCCCAUCAGUCCAACCGCUGCUAUCCGACACAACCAGUUCAAGUACUAUGGCUACGCGUCUGCCAUCAACUUACUCGACUUUACGAGCGUCGUUGUCCCGGUCACUUUUGCAGAUAGCAAAAUCGAUGCCAAGCGUGCAGACUACGAGCCUCUGAACGACAUGGAUGCAGCUGUCCAGGCCGAAUACGACCCCGAAGCAUACCACGGUGCUCCAGUUGCUAUUCAAGUCAUCGGAAAGAGGCUUAGCGAGGAGAAGACGUUGGCGAUUGCUGAGGAAAUAGGAAGGUUACUCGGCAAUUCGGUAACACCUUAA